AUGGCCCUGGUGUUCUCGUUAUGGGCUAGACGCACCGCAGCUCGCGGAUUAACUUUUACUCCGAAGUUGUUUUACUCUGCCAGUACACCCAGAACUGAGAAUUUGUACAAGGUACUUGGCCUUUCACCCGGAGCAACUCAAAGAGAAAUCAAGGAGGCCUUUUACUCCCUCUCCAAGCUAUAUCACCCUGACAGAAGUCCGAGCAGCGAGUCCAGCACGAGAUUCAAAGAGAUUUCCGGUGCCUACGAAAUUCUUGGCGAUCCAGUUAGGCGUAUGGACUAUGACCGUGGACUGCUCAUCCCGAAGCACAGAAGUGAAGAGUCGUCAGGCCUCGACGCCGACGUGCUUCGCAAGUCCAGUGAUGUUUCUUUCACAUCACAAUACGCGCACUCCUAUAAUAAACACCUCGACGAUAUCUGGCGCGCGCGUGCAGACAUUUCUAUAAGCAAAAGUGCUUUUGACUUCCGACUGGAUCAGAGAACCUUCAUCUCCGCCUUCUACCUUACCACGUUUGGAGCUAUCCUCGGUGCUUAUCUCUUGACAAAGUACUACGAGGAGCCAAUCCCAUUAGUACAACACAAUGAGGUAUAG